AAUAAAGAAAUAAAAGUAACUAACUGGGGGUUCCCAUUAGAUUCAACACAGUAAUGGUGUUUGAUAGUUCCACAUCUUGUCAUAAUAUUAAUUUACGGAAUAACGGAUUAGGUCAAACCGGAUGAGCAACAAUCUGCCAUUUUGUUACGGUACGUCGGAUCUUUAAUUUGAGCUGUUGUCGCCACCGCCGCAAUAAGGCGGCCACAUAACGUCAAGGAGGCUUGGCCGAAACCCCCGGGGAGGAAAGAAAAUGGCGGACGACUAACACCGUUUUGGGGCAGACGCGAGAGAAAGGACGAGGGCUGCUGAUUAUAAUCGAGGAUAAAACAUGUUGAUGUUGAAAGAGUUGGUGAAGACGCGAAUAAUGGCGGCAGCCGAUGAAAUAUUGGCGCUGUUUGAAAAAACCGUAGCGUCCGACGAGGAGGAACUUUCUCGAACGAGAGAGGAGAAGGAGCGACUUCGACAACAACUGGAAGCUGUUAGCAAGACUGGAGUUUUGCUACAACUUGAAGACAUCCAGAAGAACGUCCCCCUCAGCCGCAGGGGGGGGGGCUCCUCUUUGAGGCAGGAGGAUCCCCAGCCCCCCCGCCUUAAAAAGGAAGAGGAGGAGCUGUGGGUCACUCAGGAGGGGGAGGGGGCCGAUCUUGCCACGCCGCCCCUGACUGUGGUCUCUGUGAAGACUGAAGACCACAAAGACCUUCCUCGGCUGUCAGAUAGCGAGCGCACAGCGUCUCACUCUCCUGGGGAUGGAGAAGCCUUGAGCAGCGAUGCCGACUGUGAAGGUGACACCAGUCGUCACGCUGACGGAAAACACUCUGAAAAGAAGACGGGUAAAAAAGGUUUGACCUGCUCGGUUUGUGUGAAAAGCUUUUCUUUCCCGAGCCUUCUCACUGAACACAUGAGAACACACACGGGAGAGAAACCCUUUAGUUGCUCAGUUUGUGGCAAGAAAUUUGCUAAGCGGUCGACUUUGGUGCGACACAUGAGAACGCACACUGGGGAAAAACCUUUCUUUUGCUCUGUUUGUGAGAAUAAAUUUGCUUUGAGGUCGACUUUGGUGCAACACAUGACAACACACACCGGGGAAAAACCUUUUAGUUGUACGGUUUGUAAUGAACGAUUCUCUCUAAAGUCCAAAAUUGCAUCACACAUGAUGACACACACAGGGGAAAAACCCUUUGGUUGUUCGGUUUGCUUUGAACGAUUCUCUCGCAAGUCUCAUAUGGUAUCACACAUGAGAAUCCACACUGGAGAAAAACCUUUCAUUUGUUCAGUUUGUGGGAAAGGAUUCGCUCAAGGGUCAAGUAUGGCAUCGCACAUGAAAACACACACUGGAGAGAAACCUUUCAGAUGCUCGGUUUGCACUAAAAGCUUUUCUCAUAAGCACAAUUUCACUCAACACAUGAAAACGCACACCGGAGAAAAACCUUUUACUUGCUCAGCGUGCGAUACAACAUUUUCCCUUAAGACAACAAUGCUGGCACACAUACGGACGCACACCGGGGAAAAACCUUUCCCAUGCUCCAUCUGCGGUAAAGGCUUUCCCCGUAAGCAUCAUUUCACUCAACACAUGAGAACACACAUGGGUGAAAAACCAUAUUCCUGCUCACUCUGUUGUAAAACAUUCACACGGCAGGACAAUUUGACUGCACACUUGCGCACGCAUGACAGACAGUAGUCCUGCUCACUUUGUGCUCAACUAUUAGUAGGUGUGCUUGUAGUAAUACUACAGGUCAUACUGUGAGUAUAUCAGUGAUAGUGAAAGUGUGUUUGUGUUUUAUUGUAUUGUAAUAAGACAGGAAGGAUUCUAGUUUAUUCCUUCAUUCCAUGUUAGCCACGUGCUUUGCAAUAAAGACCAUCUUCAUGCUCACCAGGAA